AUGACACCUCCCCGUCCCCUCACCCUCGCCUUCGCUUGCUUGGUCCGGGCCGCCUGCCUCUCAACACUUUUCCUCGCCGACGGCCCCCAGACCGAGUUCACCUUCCAAUGGCCGGACGAGACGCGUGAAUGUGAUGUUGUCGAGCUUACUUGGUCGGGGGGUAAGGCGCCGUUUGAGGUUUGGCUCAUACCGGUAUUCGGCCAACCAUUCAUCCUCUCCAUCCCAGACUCGUACUAUGUCGAUGGACAAGGUUCUUAUCCUAUCGAGCUGCAAAUCAGUAAUGGAUAUAUCUAUACGGUUAUGAUGAGUGAUGCCAAUGGUAUCGGUACCGGCGGUACUUCCGAAGCAUUCAUCGUCCAACCCAUGCUCUCCAACACAACCAACACAACCAACACCACAACCUCCCCCUCCCCCUCCCCUUCAUCCUGCCUCCGCUCAGCCUCCCUCAACUCCACCUCCCUCGACUUUACAUUCACCCUCUCCGGCUCCCUUUCCCAGUGCUCCCCGGGGCUCGAGAUCGCCUGGACUGGGGGUGAGGAGAUGGGGCCUUACAAUUAUACUUUGGUGCCGUUGGAUAGGGGGUUUAUGGGCUGGACUGUGAAAGUGCCCGGUUCCGGGGAAGGGGGAGGGGAAGGGUGGUUGGAUGAUUGGGUUGUGAAUAUGACGGCUGGGACGAGGUUCACCAUGAUCAUGUCUACUAAAACAGCAUUCUCAGCUCUGCAAAAAGGCUACGGCCGGGGCGGCGUGGCCGGCGCCUACAAAAUCUCCCCCUCCCAUUCCACCUCCUCUGGAACCGGAACCUCCAACGACACAGACUCAGACACAUCAUGCAACCUCGUCCAACCGCCCCUCCCAACAGGCUCCUGGCCCGCCUCAGCAGUACUCAACACCCUCCCCACCGCUUCCCUCUCCCCAUCUUCCAACUCUUCCUCCUCCUCCAACUCCUCCGCCUCUGAUCCUGAUGAAGUUGCUGCAGCUCACCGCCGAGCCACCGCGGGUCGGAUCGCAGGCACGGUCCUCGGCGUUCUGCUGGGUGUCGGGCUGUGUGAUCUGGGAGGGUGGUUCUGGAGGAGGAGCGGGGUGAGAAGAAGGUUGGGCCCUGUUGGAAGAUUAGGCUAUCUAGUUUGCAUAUGA